GUUAUGGAACAAUUCAAUCCUGGUCUCCGAAAUUUAAUAAAUCUAGGAAAAAAUUAUGAGAAAGCUGUUAAUGCUAUGAUCUUGGCAGGGAAAGCCUACUAUGAUGGAGUGGCCAAGAUUGGUGAGAUGGCCAACGGGUCCCUCGUGUCAACAGAACUGGGUCGUGUUCUUAUAGAGAUUUCCAGUACCCACAAGAAACUCAAUGAGCGUCUUGAUGAAAAUUUCAAAAAAUUUCAUAAAGAGAUUAUACAGGAGCUGGAGAAGAAGACAGAACUUGAUGUAAAAUACAUGAAUGCAACCCUGAAAAAAUACCAAACGGAACACAGGAGUAAAUUAGAUUCUUUGGAGAAGUCUCAAGCUGAGCUGAAGAAGAUCAGAAGGAAAAGUCAAGGAGCGCGAAAUGCACUCAAAUAUGAGAAUAAGGAAAUUGAGUACAUAGAAACCGUUACUUCUCGGCAGAGUGAAAUCCAGAAGUUUAUUGCUGAAGGUUGCAGAGAAGCUCUGCUCGAAGAGAAAAGGCGUUUUUGCUUUCUGGUUGACAAACACUGUAGUUUUGCAAGUCACAUAUAUUAUUAUCACUCUCAGUCUGCAGAAUUACUUAAUUCCAAACUACCAAGGUGGCAGGAAACAUGUGUCGAUGCCACCAAAGUACCAGAGAAAAUCAUAAAUAUGAUAGAAGAAAUAAAGACCCCACUCUCCACCCCAAUAUCUGGAACACCUCAACCCUCACCAAUGAUUGAGAGAAGCAACAUGGUUGGGAAAGAUUAUGACACGCUCUCUAAGUACUCCCCAAAAGUGCCCCCUGCGCCUUCAGCCAAAGCAUAUACCAGCCCUUUGGUUAGUAUGUUUAAUAACCCAGCAGUGGUGGCACAGAAUUCGGAAAAGAUAAACAGUUCCUCAGAUUCUUCCGGUGAUCCUAGUUUACAGCGAUCUGUUUCUGUUGCAACUGGACUAAACCUGAUGAAAAAGCAGAAAGUGAAAACCAUCUUCCCACACACCUCUGGCAAUAACCAGACUUUGCUCAGCUUCGCAGAGGGAGAUGUCAUCACACUGCUCAUCUCUGAGGAGAAGGACGGCUGGCUGUAUGGAGAGCAUGAUGACACCAGAGUGAGGGGCUGGUUCCCAUCAUCCUAUACCAAAUUGCUGGAAGAAAAUGCAAAGGAGACUGUGAGUGUGCCCAAGCCAAGCCCAGCACCCGUGAGAAGCAUCAGCACAGUGGACUUAUCUGAGAAGAGCAGUGUUGUCAUCCCCCCUCCAGAUUACUUGGAAUGUUUGUCCUCAGAAGCAGCUGCAGAUAAGAGAGGCGAUGCUUCCAAAAGUGCUUCUACCUUUAAAGCGCCGGCGUCCAAGCCAGAAACCACGUCUCCCAAUGAAGCCAAUGGGAUCGCAAAGCCUCCCUUCCUCAGUGGAGAAAACCCCUUCGCCACUGUGAAACUCCGGCCAACAGUGACCAACGAUCGAUCAGCACCAAUCAUUCGAUGAGGAGACAGCGCUGGAGUUCUUCUGGCUCCUCUAAUGUUAAGUUCUCACUUGCAAAAUGAUAGGUAUAUACUGUUCGACACGUGCUCUAACUGUUGUAAAGCUUCACCAGCGGGUGCCUGAUUUUAAAUGUAUUCUAUGUGAGCAAAUCAAUGCAUUUCUCAAUUUGACAUAGUUGGAUUUGUCUUGAAAAACAUAGUUUAGAAUCUACUCAAUCAUUUAAAAUAUUUUUUCUUUAGGCUGUUCCAAAACCAGUAAAUUUUACUCCAGUCCUCACUGUAUCAUUUGUUUAAUAUUCUGAUUAUUUUUUAAUAGCCAGGAUAAGGGCUAGCCUAUGCUUUCAUGCUGGCUCUCUGUACCUGAAUGCAAAUGAAGACAAUUUUGUAAAGCAUGUGCUCGUAAGUAGCAUUAUGUUUCUCUAAAGAAAAUAGUGUAAAUUUGCAUCUUGGCAUGCACAUCAUAAUUUUAAGCGAUAUAAAUGAUGAGAAUAUUGUAUGAAAUCUAACUUACAAUUUUUUAAAUCUGUUUAAUCAGCUACCCAAAAUGGAAAUAUCCCAACUUUUCUGCAAUCUAGACAUAGCUGUAGAGUGGUGAGACAUUUUGCCUACCGCCAUGAAAUUUAGUACUUGAAUCAUUUCUGAGGGCUACUGAAUGUGGUAGUCACGAGUCACCACGUAGGCUGACUGAGAAGACGCCGGGCCAUGCCACACGUGGGCAGCUCAUAGGACCGGAGCUCAUGUGGAAGCCUGAAGGUCCUUGCUAAGCUAGCUGACCGAAGCUGGCUCUGUCACUGACUGACUUGAAACUUCUUGGGAUCCAAAUUUGUCCUCCUGAGGCAGAUCCUGAGCUGCAGGUAGCACCUAUGAAGCCCACAGGACUCUAGGCGGGGCCCAGUGGCUAGGAACAGCCUCACUUCAGCUAAGACCCAGCAUCACACACGUGGAGUCUGGCUUCUGUGGGAGGAAACCCAGCACCUGGCUGGCUCUCAGGGAUGAGACCAUAUUCCAGAGAUGACAAGUAAGCUUCACCAACAGGCCCUCACUAUGUGGAGUAGGGCAGGUUGUUCAUCCUAGCGCCUCUGUGCUGGGUUUGAACUCAGUCCAGGUCAAAUGCAGGUCAAUCAGGAUGAGGAUUUACUCCACAAGGACACACCAGAGGAAGUGAUCCAGUCAGAAAAGGAAACAGACUAAGUGGCCCAUUGGUCUCUUUGCUCUUUAAGAGCAGGAGAACAGAUGCACAGUGGAGGCCUGCAGGGCAGGGUUCAGAAGUGUGUUAACGAGGGCAACGGGUGAGGCCCCUGGAGCUUAGGGUCUUCUGGCUUUGUCGCAAUGGAGAGUAAGUCCCAGGAUUCAAUGCAAUCUGCAAGCCCACCGGCCUGUUUCAGGGGGUCACAGAAUGGAACUACAGGGGUCACCUACCUGCCCUAGGCCAAAGCGCCUGCUCUGUGAAUGUCAAGGUGUUAUGUUUCAUUCUAAUAAUAAACGGACUUGAAAAUAA